GUUUCAUGAACGCUGUGAACGACAUCGUGACUGCAGAACACCAUGCCGCACGCCACAGAUCUCGAGGAAUCAAGUAGCGGACACGUUCCGCCGACCCUGAACGAGGCAGAGAGAACCACGGAUCUGUCUCCCGCAGAUGCCGGCCCAGUGUCACCUAGAGACGUCAAGGCGCAGCUUCACUAUUUGUCACCGUCCGUAGAAUACUCGAAGAGUAAGCCGCCAAUCCAGAUUGUGACGCGGUCUUCCACGACGCGCGACCCGCGCACGACGGUGCGAAUCGCACAGGGACCAGUAGAGACCAUCCAUGACGUUCGUGGCCGUGAACAUGAGUUUACUCUGGAUCAGAACGGGUUCAGAUUCGUAAGGAACCGUUGCCGGUUUCAGGAUUGGGAGAGCCGGGAUGGCAUUUGGAACCAGUACGUUGAGGAGCUAAAGGAUGUUGUCGCCGAGGAGUUUGGUGGCAGAGAAGGCGGCGUCGACGAGAUCAUCGCGUUUCACGAAGGCAAACGCGGCUCGAACAAGGAAUGGAAGCAGGCUAAAGACGGGCAACGCACGAAUCCGUUUGCUCGCCAGGUACACGUUGAUCAGUCGGAACCGACGAUUCGCCGUAUCGUCAAAGAAAAGACCGACAUCAAGGGAGACUGGCUGUGGAAAGGACGCGUGCGCCAGGUGAAUGCGUGGAGACCGCUGUAUCAUCCCGUUUAUGACUGUGGCUUAUGUGUCGCCGACGCUACCACCGUGCGCGACGAAGACCUUAUCGAGGCCCAUAGACUGCGCGAGAGCGACGGCACUUUCCUCGACACCAUGGGCGUGGUCAAGUAUCGCGAGGGAAGGGAUUGGUACUACAAGAGCCGCAUGGAUCCCGACGACGUGGUCCUGUUCAUGGGCUACGACAGCGACUGCAAGCGUGGCUACAGAGAGGGAACUGGAUUCACCUUGCACUCCGCCUUUGACAUUCCGGACCCUCCACCUGGGUCUCCGCCGAGGGCGAGCAUUGAGGUCCGUCUUUUGAUCUUCACCUGGCCCAGAGAACCGCUGGUGAUACCACGGCCCUUGGCUGGGAUGCUCACCACGCAAGUUCCACCCCGAAGCGAAGAGGUCUACCAGACCCAUCACACGGCCAAUCUUGAAGUCGAGGAGGCUCCCCACCACGUCGUCACCUUUCCGGACGACGACGGCACCGACGUGCAGAUCGACCUCAACGAGUACGAUCCGAUCGAGUCCGACCUUCUCACUCGCCGCGACUCUCGCAGCUCGGCGUCGUACUCGCCGCGGCGGCGGUCAAGCUCCUUCACGCGCUCUUCAUCCAUUUCGCUCGAGGAAGACGUCACAGAGUCACAGGUGCUUGCCAUGGCCGACCAACGCGUUGUAGAUCUCAAGCGCCAGAUCGAGGAGAUGAAGCAGCUGCUGCAAGGCGCCAUCAAGACCAAGGCCAUGAUGCAGAACCCGGAAAACAGAAAGAGGAUGGCCCUCCUGAUCAACGCGCGGCGAUCGGACGAAAUAGGAAGGCAACGGCUUGAACUAGCACGGAGACUUCGAUGCAGUUUGAGUGAAGAUGUUUUCUUUGAUCUGUGAUGCACUAGGCUGGACAACGAGCGUGUGAGACGCAGGACCUCAGGUUGAAGGUUUCUUCAACGUGUAAACUCUUGUCAGCAAUUCACUGCCUCUCCGU